AAAACAAAAAAAAAACACUUUCUUAUAUGUCACCAGUCUUUCCUGAGAGGAAGUAGAACGCUAGCAUUAUCAUAUGGCUUCAGCCUAUUCUGCUUUGUUGCUUGUGUUUUUCUUUUGGAUUUACGAACCUGUAAGUCCCCAGCAGAACUGGACACACUCGAUAGAAUUAGGUUCUUCACUCUCCACCAAUUUCCCACCAACUUCAUGGCGCUCCCGUUCUAAUCGUUUUGCUUUUGGGUUCUACCGACAGGGCAGCGGCUUCAUAGUGGGAAUUUGGUUGGCGAGUAAGCCAGAUGCUACAUUCACCUGGACAAUAAACCGAGAUGUCCCUCAUGUGUCAUCAAAUGCUACAUUGGAGUUGACCAAAAAAGGUAAGCUCCUUUUGAGAAGGCAUAGAAAUAAUGCAACUGAUGAAGAGAUAUUCAUUGCUAAUUUUACGGGGUCAGCUUCAUGUGCUCAAAUGCUUGAUUCUGGGAAUUUUGUGCUCUACAAUGAACGUUCGGAAGCAAUAUGGGAAAGUUUUAGCUUUCCUACGGAUACUAUAUUAGGAGGACAAAAUCUAUACAUAGGGGGUGAACUGUUUUCCAGUGCAUCUGCAAUCGAUUUGUCCACGGGAAGGUUUCAUCUUAAAAUGCAAGAUGAUGGGAACCUUGUUUUGUAUCCCGUAGACACUCUAGACCUUCCACUGGAUGCGUAUUGGAGCUCUCGAACUGAUGGUAAACCUGGUAUCCAUCUAAUUUUAACUGGUACAGGAGAUCUGUUACUCGUUAACCAAACCUUGCACACAAUCGAAACCGUGACAUCCUCUGGUUCAGAAUCGAACAGCACCUCAAUUAUCUACCGGGCAACAUUGGAGUAUGAUGGAAUUUUCCGAUUGUAUUCCCAUAACUUCGAUGGCGAAGCUGAGUACAUCAUUUCCCUUAUGUGGCACGAACCAGGGACACAGUGUGAUGUGAGAGGUUUCUGUGGAUUCAACAGCUACUGCACCAUGAAUGAUCAUGAUGAUCAACCUGACUGUCUUUGUCUUCCUGGAACUGCUUACGUUGAUCCCAACCAGAGAUUUCAUGGAUGUGAGAGAGACUACAACGAAGGAUCCUGCAAACAUACAAACGAAAUGUCAUCGCUAUAUAACAUUACUGUUUUGGACCAAAUUGCGUGGGAUGACAACGCUUAUUUUCAAGCAUCAAUGUCAGAGGAAGGUUGCAGAAAGUCCUGUUUGGAGGAUUGUAACUGUGCUGGUGCGCUGUACGAAGCAGGGAAGUGCAAGAAACAGAAGUACCCAGUGAAAUAUGCUUCGAAAACGCAAUAUCAAUCAUCAAAAUCUUUCUUCAAGGUGGCUUUGGAGAGUAUCAAAAGCAGCAACCAUUCCAGUGCCAUAGGAAUGGUGCCUUCAGUAAUCCAGAGGACAAGCAAGAAGGCAGUGGUACUAAUUCUUGUUAUGAGUUUAGCCUUCAUAACAUGGUGUUUAGUCGCCCUAGCAAUCUCUGGCCUUUUCAUCUUUAAGUCGAGAGUCAUUAAGGGUAGAAUGCAGACGGAAAGUGGAAAUUUUGGCUUGGCCCGUGAGCUCACUCUGAGAGCAUUCUCUUAUCGUGAGCUUAAGAAAGCAACAAAGGGUUUCAAAGAAGAGUUGGGGAAAGGAUCUUCUGGAGCUGUUUACAAAGGGACUUUAUACAAAGGUCAAAAGGCUAUUGCGGUGAAGAGGCUGGAGAAGGUGGUCAGUGAAAGUGAAAGGGAGUUCCUGGCGGAGAUGCGUUCAAUUGGAAAAACUCAUCAUAAGAAUUUGGUUCGGCUUCUUGGCUACUGCACUGAGGGUUCCCAUAGGCUCCUAGUAUAUGAAUACAUGAGCAAUGGGUCACUUGCAAAUCUUCUCUUCCGAAAUGAAAGGAUUCCAGAUUGGAGCGACAGAGUGAAAAUUGCUCUAGAUAUUGCUAAAGGGAUCUUAUAUCUGCAUGAAGAGUGUGAAGCACCAAUCAUCCAUUGUGAUAUAAAGCCUCAAAACAUUCUGAUGGAUGAUUUUUGGACUGCUAAGAUCUCUGAUUUUGGGCUGGCAAAAUUGUUAGUGCCUGAUCAAACAAGAACCCUGACUAUAGCCAGAGGGACACCAGGUUAUAUGGCACCUGAAUGGACUAAGAUCAGCACUCCAACAUCAGUGAAGGUAGAUGUUUACAGUUAUGGAGUUGUGCUCUUGGAAAUUGUUUUCUGCAGGAGAAACAUGAAAAUCAACGUAUCAAAACCAGAGGAAGUUCUACUUUCUAAAUGGGCAUACGAGCUUUUGGUUGCAAGAGAAUUGGACAGGCUUGAUCUUGGUGAAGAUGUAGACAGGCAGAAAUUGGAGAAAAUGGUUAUGAUAGGCAUUUGGUGUAUUCAAGAUGAACCAGGUCUCCGCCCUUCUAUGAAGACUGUUGUGAUGAUGUUAGAAGGAAUUACUGAUGUAUCUGUUCCUCCACACCCAACUUCAGCUUCGGCAUAAGUGUCUAUGUAUGCGUGUCUACGCAGGAAAACUAUCAACCGCUUUCUCUGAAAGUCUCUUGUUUCCUAUAGCUGUAGUGGCACUCCCAAAUAAAGAAAAUAAUUUAGUGGUUUUAGGGGUGGGGAAGUUAUGGAAGCAGUAGUUUAAAGAGCAUGAUGAUCUUGAUUGUGUAGUAAUACUAACGGGAAGCAUGCUUAUGUUCUGUUUCCUCCAA